AGUUUUGAUAGUUGCGAAUGAUAGAUCACAUUGCUUUGUUUAAGCAUUUAUUCGCAUGUAGUCGUGAACUAUGAAUAAAACUACAUACUUUAUGUAUAUUUGACGCACAAUGAAAUAUCUGUGAUAAACCCUUUAUCAAAAUACUGUAGAAAAAUGUCUGCAAUUAUAGAUGAUAAAGUGGUUGCAGGAGCACAAUCUGCAAAUAUUAUCAAAGAAGAUCCUAUUGUAGCUUUGACGGAGAAAGUAAAUGCAUUAUAUUUGUUUCGAGAUCAUUACUUUGAAAAUCGAUCUAUCGAGGAAGCAAUUAAGAAGAAUGGGGAUGUGGAGAAACAAAUGAAAGAUACAUUAAAUAAAUUUGAUGAAUGUAAAGGAUAUGAGAUUGAUGGAUCACGAGCAAAGUACUAUUAUCUGAAAGGGAAAGUCUUAAAUGUUACAGAACGUUUUAUACCUCAAGCAGAGGAACUAUUAACUAAAGCAGUCAAAUUAGAACCUAACUUAGUAGAAGCAUGGAAUGAAUUAGGAGAUUGUUAUUGGAAAAAUGAUGACAUUCAACAAGCAAAAAACUGUUUUGUUGGUGCUUUACGCCAUGGUAGAAAUAAAGUAUCUUUACGAAAUCUAUCAAUGGUACUCAGGCAAGAACCUGUUUCCAAUACAGAGCAACGAAUACAAAAUAUACAGCAAGGAUUGGAAUAUGCUAAAGAAGCAGUUAGUCUUGAUACAACAGAUGGUACUUCCUGGGCCAUUUUGGGAAAUGCCUAUUUAUCUUCCUUUUUUACAGUAGCACAGAAUCCUGUAACUUUACGCUGCUGCGUGUCAGCUUAUGUACAGGCAGAAAAGGAUAUUGUAGCAGGGAGUAAUUCCCAUUUAUUUCACAAUAAAGCAGUAGCUUUAAAGUAUCAAGAAGAGUAUUGUGCAGCAUUGAAGUCAUUUGAAAGAGCAAUGUUACUAGAUCCAAUAUGGGAAACGCCGCGCAAUAAAAGGGACGAAUUGUUACAAUAUUUGAAAGAUGUACAAAAUUUAGUAAACAAUAAUGGAAGAGUAAAACCGAAGAGAUUGUACCAAAUGAUACGGGCUUUGGAUGUUAAACAUUUGGGACCAUAUAAAGGUGGCUCUUUCACGUCCGGCCAAAAAUCUGUAAAAUUAGAUUUGGUAUCGCUAAAAGAUUUGGCUGUUGGAGUCAAUCCAGAGAAAGUUGUAUUUGGGAAAGUAGUAUGUUGGAUACAAGAUACCGAUAGUGUACCUUUCGCUUUCUGUCUCGUCAAUGAAGAAAAAACCUGUAUUGCUGUAACAGUAUACAAUCUAGCUAAAGGUCGCGGCGUUACUGUCGGAGAUUCUGUUGCGAUCCCUGAACCUUUCGUUAUUCAUCAAAAGUUUUCUUAUCUUGAUAAUGUUCGUAUGCCAUACAUACAUAAUUUUAAAAUUACUAUUAAAGGUAACUACACGAAUGUACCUUCUUUCAGGAUUUUGACUUCAAAACUGUACGAGUUGAAACACCAGUCAUAUUGGUUGUUAAUGGGAAAAAAUUAGGUAGAGAACAACAAGCAUCUGCGAAAUUUCAUACUUUCAAAAAAACCGAUUGAGCACAAACUUUCAUCCUAGGAUUUAUAGUGAAAUAUAGUUGACAACGAGACUUUUCUAUAACUCAAAUACGGACGUGUGUCAAUAGCCGAUGUGAUAUUUGAAUUUUGAGUCUAAGUAUUAUUACAUUCAUAGAAUUAAAUAACAGUCAAUAUCGCCGAAGAUAGGCGAAUAUAAUUAUAUUGUUGCGCGUUUACUUAUAAAAAUAUCGUUCGAGUUAGGGAGAAUUCAAUUUUAAAAUCGUUUUACACAAUUUGUUUCUUACAUGAAAAUUCACAUCACGUAAGUAUGUUACAUUUUUUUUUAUGAUAUGUUAACUUACAAAGAAACCUUAAGGACCCAUAAUUAUUGUGCAUAUUUUAUUAAGAGAACGUUUGGAAAGAUUAUGCAGCAUCAUUAGAGCAAUGAUUAUGUUCAAUGUUCUAAUAGCACACUUUUAUCAAAUCUUAUCAAAGUCAAUAAAUUUAGACACUCAAGGAUUCUUUGUUAGUUUAAAUGUUAAUUACAGUAUAAUUUAUACAUAGUACAGUUAAAUCACGUAUAAAAAUACUGAUUCUUACAAUACACAUUUGUGUAUUUUUCAAAGACACUAAUAUUGAAUUGCUUGUCUAAUUUACAUUAUUACUUUUAUUAUUGCAAGCUUACCUUUAUGAGGUGGAGUCACACAUUGAAGAAAUAUUGAAAGUAAAAUAAUAUUCAACACGUCGUUUUUAAACAAACACAUUAACUUUAGCAUAAGUUUUAUUCAUCAGUCAUUUUACUGUGCCAAUAAUAUAAAUUUUGACUUGUUCGUAUGAAAGAUACAAAAUAACUUUCUUUUUAUGCCUAUUCAAACACGUAUAUCAAUUCAUUAAAAGUUUAUUAAGAACGUCCAUAACAUUAUACGUCUAGAAUUUAUUACAAAACGCAUUAUGCGUAUAUUUAUUUUCUCUUCACUCAAAUUUCACUUCAUUCAAAA